CCUCCCACCUAAGAGAGGCUAGGCUGUGUACAGUCCAGUGGUGCAAUCAGGGCUGUGUCAAACACUCGGAUUACAGCUAUCUACACACAAACUGCCGAGAUACAGCCAUGGCUGCUUCUAGCCACAGUGCUACAAGAGCACCUGCUAACACUAGUCGACUUGGCAACCCACUACUUAUCCCCAAGAAGACAACAACCUCAAGUCUACUACUGAGCUCCAGCCCUUUUGGGUCGAAAUCAAUACAACUGGUUGCUACCAAAUCUCCGAAUGAAGGAGCUACGACUACAAGACUCACUAGAACAGACAGUACAAGCUACUCAAGAAGUUGCUCGAUUGAGAAUCCAGCUCUAGUGAAACAAGACGAACAUUUUAUUGAGACUACAAGUGUAUCUGACGAUAAAAAGCCAAGCUUAUUGAUACAAACUAAACCAACAGCAUUGAAAAACUCAACUCUCCAAGGCUUACUUCUACCGAAUUCUGGUUCUUUGCGAUCGAGUAACCUGUUACAGGGUGGCCUAACAGAACAGUUGAAGCUCACCAGCUCAAACAGCUUGGUCUACUCUCAACCAAAAAGAGAGCCUUCUACACUAACUAAGAGGGACACUCACUCACUGAGCCAUGCACAGAGUAGCAGGCCUAACACUGCUCUCACUAGUUCAGGCUCCUCUAAGACUAACCUAAGAUCAAGCUUACUAACCAACACAUCUCUAACUGGCCCAACAAAAACUUCACCACUUUUGUCAUCUCCGAAGCUAGGAGGACGAGUUAUGAACACAUCUUUAACUAGUCAUAUUGGGACUCAAAAAACAACCACUAAAGCCCAACAUUCCUCAACUCUCACAUCUGUGAAACCUAAAGCAUCCACCCACCUUGCUAGCAAAUCUCACGGAACUUUGAAGCCCUCAGGUUAUGCUAGUGGGAAGAGCCUGUUACAGAGGGAACAAUUGGGAUUGAAAAACAAGCCAGAUUCUAAGACAGCUGCAACAAAAGCCUCGUCUAAAAAACAAAAACAUGACAAUAUUACCGAAAUUGAUGGCCCAGUGAUAACAGUAAAACCCAUCACAAAGAGGACAGAGGGUGCCCCCGAAUAUGACUUUUCUGCACAACGACCCCAAAGCCCAGAGGGCCCAAAAUUUCUACCCCCUGAACUAGACGCGGCAGUUCAAUCACCCCCACCCCCCAUAAUUGACACUGUUGGGGUUAAGACUACUCUCAUCAAUGCCGUAGCAACGUCACUCCUUGCAUCACCUGACUUCCGUAGUUCCCGUGAUACGACAAGACGAGCCCUCACUAGACUGGGAGAGAAGAUAGCGAGAUUUGAUCCAGAGUUUGUUUUAAAGGUGGCUCUAUACACUCGUUGCAAUCUAAAUAUAAGGACAACUGCUAAUUUUCUUCUCGCUCUAGCCUCAAACAUACCCAGCUGUCGGCCAUUCCUGAAGAAGUAUUACUCGUCUUCCAUUCGUCUCCCCUCAGAUUGGCUCGAGGUGGCAGAAAUCUACCAGGCAUUUCAGGACAAAUCAGUUAAUUUUGGCUCUCUUCCCACCGCCUUGAGAAGAGUAAUGGCUGCCAAAUUUACCAGUUUUGAUGAGUACCAGCUGGGAAAGUACAACAAAGACACAUCAAAACGAAAGAAAAAGAAGAAGGAGAAAGAAAAUAAGGAAAUAUCGAAACCCCAAGCUUCAUCAAAACCUACUCCCCAAGUCUCCAUAGCAACAACCAUAUCGGAUGACUCCAGUGAUGACGAUUCAGUUGUACACAGCGACAAAGAAAGUGACGAAGAAAUUGAAAGACUAAGUUUCACACUCAAGCAACUCGUUCGUAAGAUUCAUAUCUCGGAGCCUGUAUACUAUGUCAUGUGUUUGCUGGGUAAACGAUACCCCGCAGAGACGGAGGACUUCAGGAGAAGCAGACUCCCAGGUGUGUGGGACCAAGACAGAGCGGGGAAGAGGAUGAAGCUAGCCACACCCGAAACAUGGGAGACGCAAGUAUCGACUAAAGGCAACAAAGCCAAGACAUGGGAAGAUUUGAUCGAUCACAAUAAACUACCGUUUAUGGCCAUGCUCAGAAAUAUACGGAACCUCAUACUAGCUCAAGUGUCGUCUAAACAUCAUCAGUGGGUCGUGAGAAAACUUAACGAUGAGAGGGCGGUGGUCAAUAGUCGCCAGUUCCCCUUUCAAUUUUUCUCCGCAUACGAGGUCCUCUCUGAAUUAGAGAAGAUUGCUAAAGGGGAACAACCACCUACAAAACCAAGGCCGGCUAAAAAAGGAGCAAAGAAACCAAAGACACCGAAAGAGCUACCUAAAAUAGACAUUGGUUUACUUCAACGUUAUCGUACAGCACUCGACAGUGCACUCAAGAUUGCCACAUGCUACAAUGUUAAACCAAUCAGUGGCUCCACCCUCAUCCUGUGCAACGUGGGAGCUAAUAUGGACCGUCCCUGUACCUCCGCCCGUGGCCUAGGGAAACCUAAAACAGUCAUGGAAGUUGGAAUUCUGCUCGGCCUAAUGUGCAAAUAUUCGUGCGAGAAAUGCACAAUGAUAGUUUAUGGUGGAAACCAUUUUGCAGAAGUACAGCUAAAGGAUGGAACAAUUUUAGACAACAUGGCUAAUGCUAAAGACACUGCUACACAGGAAGGCGUAACUGGGCAAGACGGUUCUAUUCCGAUCAAAUUUCUCACAAACAAACUAAUAGACAGAGAUCAGCUAGACAAUAUCGUGGUGCUCACAGACGAAAUGAAAUUGGACGAUCAACAGGGACAAGAUGUGAUUGAUUUCUUAAGUAAAUACCGUCACCUAGUCAACCCGAACCUGCUCUUUGUAAGUGUAGACUUAAGCAGCAAAACAAGAGGUGUUAACAGUACAAUCAAACCCAGCCACCCUAACGACAUCUACCUAGCUGGCUACUCUGAUCAGAUACUACGGUUUAUUGCCGAGAGGGGCGACAGUGGUCAGAUAACAUACAUUGAAAAUAUUGACAAAGCCUACAACCUUGACUCAAUCAAGGCACCAUCUCUAGCCGAUGUUAGCAACAGUCCUCUCUCACUAGCUCCAGAAAAAUCUCUACUAGCUACAACUCAGAAAAGAUGGCGCACUGCUCGCGUGUUUAUCUCCUCUACUUUCAGAGAUAUGCACGGCGAAAGAGACAUGUUGACUCGAUUUGUGUUCCCAGAGCUUCGAGCGCGGGCACACUCCAAACAAAUCAAUAUCUACGAGGUAGAUCUUCGAUGGGGAGUAACGGAGGAAGACGCUAGAAGCCAUAGAGCUAUGGAGAUUUGUCUGAGCGAGAUCUCACGGUCCCAGUACUUUAUCGGGUUGCUAGGCCAGCGUUACGGCUGGGUACAAGACCAGUAUAUGAUUCCAGACUCGGCUGAAUUUGAUUGGCUGAAAGAGUUUCCGGCUGGACGUUCAAUCACAGAGGUUGAGAUGAAUCACGCUGCCCUAAGAGAUACAGACAAGGCAGUUGGCAAAGCUUUCUUCUAUUUCAGAGAUCCAAUAGCUCUUGAAAAAAUACCCGAAGCUCAGAAAAAGAACUUUGAAAGCGAAUCUCACUCGGCACUUCAGAAAAUUGAAAACCUCAAAAGUCAGAUUCGAAUCAGUGGAUUGGAAGUGUAUGAUGGCUACCCUUGUCAAUGGCUAGGCAUGGUGGAGGACAAACCACUAGUUGGUCAUUUGGAAGAUUUUGGACAGCGAGUGCUCUAUAAUAUCUGGAACGCGAUUCAACGUGACUAUCCAGAGGACGACGCUGGACAGGACCCCCUAACACAGGCAAACAGUUUCCACGAAGGUUUCAUCGAAAACAGAGCGACAAAUUUUGUCGGGCGCAGAGCACUAUUGAAGAAAGCCCAAGAGGCGCUAACCGGUGAAAGUGGGAAAUUGAUUAUAGUUGCCGGUAAACCAGGCUCGGGAAAGUCUGCUUUCAUGGCUGCCAUUGCUCAGCAGUAUAUAGAGUCUUCAGCUUGCCCCUCCUCCAAUCUUCUACUCCCUCACUUCAUUGGAGCCGCUCCUGACUCGACUAAUGUGGCGUCCAUUCUAACAAGAUUCUGCCACGAGAUGAAGAGACGAUUUGGAUUCAAUUUCGACAUUCCUGAAGACUAUUCCGAUCUCGCCAAAGAGUGGCCAGAGUUUCUACAAGAAAGCACCAACGUUAUCGGCACGGGAUCCAAACUAGUUGUACUAAUCGACGGGUCUGACCUCCUAGAAGACAAACAAAAUGGACGCUCCAUGGACUGGAUUCCUGACAAAAUACCGAACGGUGUGACUGUUCUCAUCAGUGGAGUUGAGAAUGGAGUUUGCAUAUCUAACCUUCGCAAAAGAAACCCUCCCCCAGAAGAAAUCAUUAUCGGUAGUCUGGACAUCAUGGACAAAGCAGAGAUGGUGAGAAGGAAACUAGCUAAGCAUCGCAAAGCACUGGAGGAGAGCCCAUUCAACAACCAGAUGAAGCUGCUACUUACCAAGAAAGAAGCUAACAACCCACUGUAUCUACAUCUAGCAUGCGAGGAAUUACGAGUGUUUGGUAUUUUCGAAGAGGUCACUACUUUUCUGAAAAAUAUGCCUCCAUCAAUUUCUAAUCUACUUCAAGAGAUUCUAGGGAGGCUAGAAACGGAACACACAUUGGAUGUUGUAUCUACAGCAAUGUCUCUUCUAUCGCUAGUGAGAAAUGGUCUAAUGGAACAUGAGCUAUCAGGCGUCCUAGCAAUGUAUUUUGAGGCUCAGAGUGUCGACGGGGGGUCCACUCUACCCCCCAUGGUGAUCUCAAGACUACUCAGAAGUUUACAAUCAUUCCUACAGCCUAGUGGACAAGAAAACACGUCAAUUCUAACACUAGCACACAAAGACAUUGAAAAAGCAGUUCGUCAACGUUACAUGCGAGGAGCAGCAAGUUCUAAAGAGAAGGAAUUCCACCGACUAUUAGCUAGGUACUACAAAAACGAGGCAGACCCUUUAUCUGAUGGUACCUACAAGGGUAACAGUAUCAGAGCAUUCGGUGAACUACCACACCACUUAAUAAUGGCCGGAGAAUGGACGCAACUUGAGAAUAUGCUCUGCAACAUUCACUUCCUGGUAACUAAGUGUCAAUUAGGCCUAGUACAGCAGCUGCUAGAAGACUACACGCCGUCAGCGUCUAUACUACCGCCUGGUAAAAGCAAAGACCUAGCUCGGUUCGUACAGCAAGGAAGAGUACUGGAAUUCAAAUCUUUCGUCUCACGAAACCUCCAUGUUUUGGUGAACAGCCCGACACUGACACUCCAGCAAGCCGUUAAUGAACCGUCUUCUUCACUCGUUUCUAAAGCAGCUCUCGGUAUCAUCAAAGAGUAUCCACAACCACUCAUGACUUGUGUGAACAAGCCGGAAACAACUAACCCCUGUGUCAUGAGUAUUUCUGGACAAGGGGGUACACCAACGUGUAUUGCAAUAUCAAACGAUAGCCGGUAUUUUGUGGCUGGGUUCAAAAACUGCGCAGUUAAGGUAUUUGAAAUUCAAACAAGCAAAGAAAUUCACUCCUUUGUCGGUCAUGCUGCUUCAAUCACAAGCGUAUGUUUUGUCGGAAGCUCUUCUGUGUGCUCUGGCUCUAAAGAUAACACACUGAGUCUGUGGGACAUGCAGAAAGGUAUACGUACAGCUGUGCUCAAGGCUCACUCAAGACCAGUACAAGGAUGCUCCGCCAAUGCCUCAGGCGAUAGAAUAGCCUCCGUCUCCUGGGAUACCACAAUCAAAGUUUGGAACGGAAAGAACGGGAAAAUUCUCAACACCCUAAAGACGUCAGGACAACACAAUACACCAAUAAACUGUGUGAGCUUCCACCCUGAAGGUCAGGUGAUCGCCGUGGGAAGCUGGGACUCUACUGUGAAAAUAUGGGAUACCCUUAACCAGAAGAGGAUCAAAGUUAUUAAGGGUCACAAGAGCUCUGUUCAAGCAUGCAGCUACGCUCCCUCAGGGCGUCAUCUCAUUUCAGCCUCUCUAGACGGUGAAGUUAAGAUCUGGUCAACAAAGUACGGAGUGGCAGUGGGUAGUCUGGUGGGACACUCCUUCCCGGUGAAUUCAAUAGCCUACACACCUAAUGGUCAAUACCUGCUAACGGCAUCGAGUGACAAACUCAUCAAAGUAUGGUCGGGGAGCCUAGGGAAACCGGUACGAUCAAUGGGAUCACCAGAGCACGGCGUUAUACACUGUAUGACAUUUGAUCAUUCUACACAGAGUAUUAUUACUGGCUAUCACCAUGGAUACGUUAGAAAGUUCAAUGCACACACAGGCAGAGAGAUAUUUGCAGCUAAGCAACACACAGCAGCUGUUGUAGGAGUUGCCUAUCAUCAGCCCUACUUCAUGUCGGCCUCCAUGGACACUACAGUGAAAAUUUGGACCGAAGCAAAUGGCCCAAACAAAUUUUUACCGUUGCUAGGACAUAAAUCCCCUAUCACAUGCGCUACUUGGGACAAGAAUGGAUUUGCAACUGCUUCAGAGGAUCUUCAAAUAAUAAUUUGGCCCUACACUCCUAAGGAUUACAAUAAUUCCUUUAUGGUCAAAAAAGUGACAUCUCAACUCCCAACUAAAAAGUCUAAGUCCAAAGCAUCUAAACAAAUUGAUCAUACCAUAAUCCCGUUAGCCAUUUUACAUGCACACACGGCAAAAAUUACCUCCAUAGCUUUCUCCUGUAACAAGCUAAAAAUGGUUACUGCUAGCAACGAUAAAACUUUAAUUAUAUGGGAUACUUUCUCUUAUAAACAGCUACAAGUCCUAAAUGCCUGCCACAAAGAUUGGAUAAACACAUGUGCUUUUUCAACUGACUAUCCUGAUUUACUUGUAACUGGCUCAAACGAUUUUACUCUCAAACUAUGGGACCUCAAAACAGGCACAGAGAAAACCACACUCAAAGGACACACAUCUUCUAUCAACUCAGUCUCUUUCUACCGAGACUGCAUUGUAUCAGCUGGUUUUGACGGCUCUGUAAAAGUGUGGACAAGCAAAGGAAUUGAAAUCACAACUAUGUAUUGUCAUAAACAAAGAAUAAAUUCUUGUCUAGUCAAUAUUCCCUGUAAAUCGCCAGGUGCAAGCUUCGACUGGGCAGACGCCGUGGCUGAUGAUGACGCCAAACCGAAAGUGAAACUAUCAGAAAUUACUCUGAUGACAGCUAGUGAUGACGGCACAAUAGGAGUGUGGAAACCAUUCCUACCCAAUGAAAUCACCAGUCUUAUUGGACACUCGGAUCGAGUUCUCUCUAUAGCAACCACCGUUAACAACGAAGUCCUGAGUUCCUCAUUGGACGGAAGUAUUCGACUAUGGCGACCACAGUUAUCAGAUGAACCUCACAAGCUAACAAGGAUUAGCCAAGAGCAAGGCCACACUGGAGAGGUGAUGUGCUGCGACACUGUAUUCAUUAGCAACCAAGAAAGUUAUGCGGUGACAUCUGGUAGAGAUGGAAACUUCAUCAUCUGGCACAUCACAAGUAGAGACGGACAAACAUCAUCCGAGAAGCUGUACACAGUAGCUGCCACUGAUAAAGCCAUCACCUCUGUUUGCUUUGUCUCCUUCUUAGAGAAAACCCAACAAGGUACGAUUGUAAUCGGAAAAGACGAUGGUGUUAUGGUAACGUACAAAUUCACCCCGAACGAGUACCCCAGUAGUACUGCAAGUGUGACAUCCGGUGCUCUGAUGGGACCACACCCAAUAUCCAAGCUGGUCCUCACUCCUGAUCGAAAUAGCAUCCUCGCCGGCUCAUGGUCCAAUCAGAUUGCUGCUGUUGCUAACAACAGUCGCGUGAGGACCAGGAUGGAAACACACAAAGGAUGGGUGAUGGACAUGGUAGCGUUUGAAAAUGCAGGCCAAACAGUCUUGUAUUCCAUCGGUUUAGACAAUCAGCUCUGUCGCUGGGACAUUCCCUAUGUUAAGCCAGGCCCAGCCAGACUACCAACAUCGACGUCAACAGCUACAAAGUUCAAUAUCGACUUAGGAAGUGAUCGAGAUAAAGCCUGGCCCCUAGCAAUGCUCAAAUUAGACAAUCUACCGUUCUUGGCGAUUUCAGAUAGUGAAGGGGUACUGUAUGUGUGGAGCUUGAGUGCAAAGCAAGUCAUCAUGAAAAGGAAGGUUCACAAAACGGCCAUUAAUGCUCUAGCAAGCACGCCAAGCGGGGAGAUCGUGACUGGAUCGAAUGAUGGUACUGUUAAAGUGUGGGGAGUCAAUGGAAGGGGGACAGAGGUCACUCAGAUAGGCCAGUUCUACUGUCAGUCGUCGGUAGUUUCCAUAGCGACAAUUGGGAGCAAAUCACAAGGGGGGAAGAAUGUGGACCCAAUGUUUGUCGUCGGAGAUACACUAGGUCAUGUGACAUUGAUCAGGUGGACACAGUAAACAUUUAGUAAUUGGACAUAGAAUAAAAUUUAAUUAUUAGACUAGUAGAUAAUAGAUAGCUAGCGUUUACAUUUUUAGCCAAUUAAUGUGAUAGUGUGAUGAAUGAAUGAAUGAAUAUAAAUGUCAAA